AUGAGUGAAAAAUUGGAUGCUAUAGCAAAUACUACAACAAAAGCCAGUGUUGUUUCGAAUACUACCAAUAUUAAUACUAAUAGCAGUAAUAAAACUUCUAAUAAUAAAAACACAACAGAUAUGAAGCAACCAAAGUGGUUAUACGAUAAUCAAAAGAUAACUAUUAAAACAUUUACCAAUUAUACUUUAAAGUUUGGUGGAUGGAACCACUGA